AUGGAUGAUUAUUCGACGAAGCUUCUUCAGUAUGGGCACGUGGGAAGUGCUAUUUACCGUCCGGAGACUCAGUCAUGGGCGUUUUCGCGCAGUAUAGCUCCUCAACAGCGCAUAUCGUACACGGGGGUGACGAGGACCGUUGUACGGUCGCCAUCUACUACAAUCGAACGCCCAUCAACACUAAAGCGAUCAACGUUGUCUCGGUCAUUCCCUGAACUUAUCGGAGGAUACCGCCUUGCUCGCAAUGAAACACUAUCACGUACCGUAACGGCAGUGAGCGAAACAUGCAACCCUCUGGUCUCCACACUCCUUGAUUUUGGGCGCGCAAUGGACUUGAAUAUUGACACUUCUGGACGUCGAGCAGUUUCUAUCGUCGCAUUUGCAUCUGGAGAAUGUGGCAACGCAAUUUCUUUCCGGACAAUAACUGACGAUACGGUGAACUUAGAGCAAUCCACAGGUACUCAAUUGCGAGUUCCGACGAUUGGAGAUGAUGAUGGUAUUGAAUGGCUAUCGGAUGGGGCACCUGUCCGACAAAUUUGCUUUUCACAUGCCAUAGAGGAUAGGGCUACGUUUCUGGCGGUCCGUUUCUCAUCCACGGUUGUGUUUAGGCCACUUUAUCGCAGGGCCCCCACCUCAGUUUCUAUCCAUCGGGGUAAUGAUGCUAUGGGGCCCAAGUAUCAGACUUCUCGCCUUGAUCCGAAUUUCUUGAUGGAGAUAUCAAGCUCGCAUACGGGGGGUCUUGCCCAUGCAGACGUGAAAUUCAACCCUUGGAAUCAGAAUGAACUUGCAAUCGUUGACAAUGACGGCAAUUGGAGUAUUUGGGAACUACGUAGUCAGCACAGGCGCAACAAAGAUAACUGGGAAGCUGCAUGUAUAACAUCCGGCACGCUUCCUUGGGUUGGCAACGAGGAGGGUCAGAACACAGGUACCAGUGGCCGACAUGACGGAUGGUUAGCUAUCGAAUGGGCUGUCAACGAAGAUCACAUCGUUGUUUGCGAUCGAAGGUGUUCCAUGCUCUACCGAAUGAAUGGCGAUCGAGUGUAUUCUUAUUCGGUUGAGCUUGGUUUCAAAAGCGAGUCUGAAUGGAUUCUGGACGCCAAGAGGAGUACUACCCACUCGUCGCAUGUGUUCAUUCUCACAACAUCCCGGCUUAUUUGGUUUGAUAUAACCCUGGAUUCGGUUUCAGCCCACGAGGGUACGAGGGCCCCACUGUUCCCCCGACUCUCCUGGCGUCAUUUUCGCGAUUCAGGCGAUAUAACACUGCAGUUAUCUCCUUUAGCGGUGGACAAUGAUUUUUAUCUAGUUUUGUUUUCUCGCCUCAACCACUUUGUGCUAGCGUUUUAUUGCUCUGAGCCUGAGGUUGUUGGUGAUCCGGCAUCCGCUCCGGACCCUUUCAUUCUGUAUGUGCCGCCAACGUCCGAUAAUGCAGACAAUCCUAUCCCUCCUUCUGUUGGCGCGCAUUUUUCUACGCUUGUUUUCAAAAAAACCGUGCCGACGACUACCACCGAGCGAUAUCUUGACCGUGAAUUGAGAUUUAUCAAGGCCUUUGCAGUAACCUCAAAUCUUCAUGUGGAAGAAUCAUUAUACUCGAAAUCUUCAACUGGUAAUUUCGAGGAUGAGCGAUCAAGCGGUCAAGAUUUUCUACGCGCCAGACAGCUACGCAUCACUGGUCUACGGAAGAAAAUACCUAACUCCAGAAGUGAUUUUGUAGUUGAUGAUUGGGACGAAUCUGCGCCUGGUAUUGUGCCAGUCUCAGGUAAUGGGACUGAGAGUAUAGCUCCCUUAGCAGAGCCUCGAUUUACAUUCGACUACACACGUAUAUACGCAAUUGCGACUGGACCGUUGAAUUUGUUAUCACCAAAUGGCGAAAGGACGAUUGAGGCCAGUCUCCAGGAACUGGUGAAUAAUGCCACUGAUCAUAUUUCUUCAACUAGUCGGACUGCGCUUGAAAUUCUUCGAUGGUCGCUCGUGAUAGACGAUAUUGACCAAAACGCUCAAGACCUGAACGCCUUUAUUUCUCGGUUUGUCUCGAAGCAUUCAGCUGUUGGAGGAAAGAGCCACCUGCUUGUUCAACCGUAUGGUUAUUUCAGUUCGGGAUCAAGGCCGCAGGUUACGCUAGCACCGGGCCCGAAGCUGGAUCUGGUUGCUAUAUAUGAUCGACUUGUUAAUGAUUGGCUCAUCGAUUUGCCUUCUGACAUACCCGGAAGGACCAGGGUCACGACAGAAAAAGUAAUUCGACAUUUUGUUGCUGAUAUUUUGCUGUCACAAAUAUUAUUACCGCAAAAAUGGACAAUAGUUGAACCAACGGCGAGCAAUGUUGAGAUCACUCGUGGUGCGGUCAACUCAUUGGAGCCUGCUGGCGAGCAGUGCUCAUAUGAUCCAUCAGCGAAGUCUGUUGACCAGAGCUUUCGAUCGCAAGAAAAGACAACGAUUACGCGAGAAGGGUCAUUACAAGGAGCCUUUAUAUUUCCCGAACGCAAGGCGGAUGAAUGGCCUACCUUCAAGGCACUGUCGUCGUAUACGACUUUGAAUGGAACAGCCCCAAUUUCUCCAGAUGUGGAACGCAUUCUUGACCGCUGGAAACCGGGAACCGACCCAGCGUCAUAUUCACCUACACUGCAAGAAUCACAAUCAGUCACUGGGGCUUCAGGGCGUAAAUCACGGAAGAAGGUACCGCAGACUUUGAAAAGUAUGAGCCUUGGUUCAGUUGUGCCCCCUGCCGUCUCUUCCACGGUUUCUGUUGCUAAAAGGGACUGGGGUAGCCAGCCUGACCACGCUCAGCCUUCAGCGAUCCGUUUACAAACGAGCCAGAUCACGGACGACAUUCCAAUGACUCAAGUUGAGCCAGGGGCGUUCGGGGGUCGCGAAGCAAGCAAGAAAAGCAACAUCAAGGCAAGGAAGAAAAAAAGAGCCGCUGGAUUCUAG